GGCUGUCAGAUGCUCUCGGUCCCCUCCCCCCCCCCCCCCCCCCCCCCCCACCACACACAAAAUUUUAAUCCCAGGGGCCGCGAAGGAAAAGAAAAAAAAACUGGUCCCCUCCGCCCUCCGCCGUACCACCGCGCCUCCGCAUUUCGCAUCAAGCCAGAGCGGGGGCAGAGGCGCCUCUCCCGCCGGAGACCCGAGCGAGAACCGCCGCUUCCCCCUCCUUCUCCUCAUUUUGAAAUCGCGUUUUGGCGGCCUAUCUCCUCCGCACCGCGCACCAUCUCUCCUCCGCUGCAACGCUACUUAACCGCCUCGAUUUGCUCCCCAUUUCCCCGUCCAGCCUAGAUAGACCUGAGCCGAAACCCUAGGACCCCGCGCCUCCGCUUCCGCUUCCCCCUCUCCCGCAGCUGACGAGGCCGACGAUGGGGGACAAGGAGAACGCACCUCCCUUGGGGGCCCGGGGCGCGGCGGCGCCCCGGCUCACGCGGGCCGCGGCCAAGCGAGCUGCGGCGGCGGCGGCGGCGGCGGAGGGUCCGGGCGACGCCAAGCGGCGGCGGGUGGCGCUCGGGGAGCUCCCGGCGCUCGCCAACAACGCCGGCCUCCGCGCGCCGUCCUGCCCCGUCAAGCCCUCGAAGCCUGCGUCCAGGCCCGGGAGGCACGCGAGGAAUGUUGCGCCGGAGGCCCGCGGGCCCUCCUCCGCCCACGAGGCCGAGCGCUGCGCGUCCUCCCCGCCGCGCACCGCCGACGCCGACGCCGAGUCUAACUCCGUCUCCAACCCCGCGCCGCGCGCCACCGCCUACGCCGACUCCUGCGCUUCCUCCUCGCCGCCGCGCGCCGCCGCCGCCGGGGCGCCCGCCGACCCCCAGCUCUGCGGGUCCUACGCCUCCGACAUCUACACCUACCUCCGCUCCCUGGAGGUGGAGCCGCAGCGGCGGUCCAGACCCGAUUACAUCGAGGCGGUGCAGGCGGACGUUACGGCGCACAUGCGCGGCAUCCUCGUCGACUGGCUGGUCGAGGUCGCCGAGGAGUAUAAGCUCGUCGCCGACACCCUGUACCUCGCCAUCUCCUAUGUGGAUCGCUUCCUCUCCGUCAAUGCGCUCGGCCGCGACAAGCUGCAGCUCCUUGGCGUCGCCUCCAUGCUCAUUGCUGCGAAGUAUGAGGAGAUCAGCCCGCCGCACCCGGAGGACUUUUGCUACAUCACAGACAACACCUACACCAAAGAGGAGCUCCUCAAGAUGGAGAGCGAUAUACUCAAGCUUCUCAAGUUCGAGUUGGGCAAUCCUACCAUUAAGACCUUCCUGAGGCGGUUCACAAGAUCUGCCCAUGAAGACAAGAAGGUUGCUAACCCAUUCUUAUUUAUGCGCUCCAUCUUGUUAAUGGAAUUCUUGGGGAGCUACCUGGCUGAGUUGAGUCUACUGGAUUAUGGCUGUCUCCGAUUCUUGCCAUCAGUAGUUGCUGCUUCAGUUAUGUUCGUUGCUAGGCUGACCAUUGAUCCAAAUGCCAAUCCUUGGAACAUGAAGCUGCAGAAGACGACAGGCUACAAAGUUUCUGAACUCAAGGAUUGCAUCGUAGCCAUACGUGACUUGCAGCUCAACAGGAAAUUUCCAUCAUUAACGGCAAUUCGAGACAAGUACAAGCAACACAAGUUCAAAUGUGUGUCAACGCUUCUUCCCCCUGUUGUGGUCCCUACUUCAUACUUUGAAGACUUAGCUGAGUAGCUGCUCUUGGACUGCACCACUGUGAGGCUAACAAUCUGAGCUCUCCUUGAGCUCUUAGGGACGGGAGAAUAACUGUGUUAUGAGCUUCUUCUCAGUUAAGUAGGGUUCCAAAAGCUAUUUAAGUGAGGUUCUUUAGGAAUCGCAGCUGAGUUACUAGUAGUGAGGCCAGGCAUUCUCUUGUUUUGUGAAUUGUAUUCUUUGUAUGAUAUCCUAGUCACAUCUUGCCUUGGUCUGUUGCCCACAAUGUAAUGUUUGAUACGUUAGACCUUUCCGUCUGAUUGAUCUCAGUAACAAAUUCUGUUACUCCAUCCAUCCAAAAAAGAAUGCAAUUCUAGCAUA